GCCGACGCUGGCAAGACUGAUUUGCAACCCGCCGAUGUAACAACAUAGAAGAAGGAAAAUGUCGCCGGCGUCGAUUCGGACCGUUCUAGGAUCAGCGUCCUUUGAAGACUGAAGCAGCAGAUACUUGGUGAGUGGGACAGCCGCCACUAGUUGCACUCAAAGUUACGUUUGAUCCGUAGCCCGGAAAUAUUGCCUUGAAGCGCUCCUUCUAGGCCAAAUAUUGAAUGUUUGCACCAACAUCGACCGAUGGCAGCCAUGAUGGAUGAUACUUAGAAAAAGGGGGGAAAAAAACAAAUAAACUAGUCUGGUGUUUCCUGUUUUUUUAUUUUAAUUUGUAGCUUACGUGAUGAAAAACCAAUAUAUGUUAUCAAAUAGCCACUUUAGCCGUUUUAAAAGCCCAAAUUGCUGCUGCCUUUUCCCUUUUUUGUUGUCAUUUUACAGCACUUCUUGGUUAGUACAACCAUAACUGUGCACUCCUAACGUCGUGAUGAUCCCUCCGCACUGUUGUCGAAAAUUAUAGGUCCUUUCAUUUUUAGAGUAGGCCCACACAGCAGCCUGACACAGUCAAAGAACAUAAGCAUUUCAAACUUUAUUCAUUUUGUUUUAGAAAAUAUAAGAAUAUAUUAUAAAGAAAAAUAAAUAAAAACAAGAUUUUUUUGGGUAACAGUGAAGGUCAUUUCAUGUCCCUAUUUACCCCUGGGCACAAAAUGUCUAUUAGAUAAAUCAUAUACAUCUAUAAUAAUUAUUUACUGGACAUUUCAGACUAUUUUGGUACUUUAUUAUAAGAUGAAACUGCAGUUUUAUUUUAUAUGUAAUAAAGGUUUUAAAAAGUACAAAUUAGACAUAUAUCCGCAUAUAGAGGUGUCCUACACAUCUGUUUGUAGCCAUUAAAUGAAUGAAUGUUUAUUAGAUAUUUUUUAAUUGUUUUUAUUUUUGUUUGUCUACAUAUGAAAUGAACUCUUCAGUUUUGAAUCCAUCCAUCUUUUGAAUCAUUUUGGGGUUCUAGUUAGACAACCCAACUACUGUUGGGCAAAGGUGGGGAACACCCUGGACUGGUCGCAGGUUCAAACACACACACACACACCCACACACACACACACACACACACACCCACACCUCGGGUAAUUUGAGGGACACCAAUGACCCUAUGAAGCAUGUUUUAGUACUGUGGGAGGAAGCAGGAGGGCCCACAGAAACCCCAUGCCUGUAGAGGAGAAAGAGGUCUCAGCUGGGAUUCGAACCAGGACUUUUACCGUUAGGCCAGAAUGCUAACCACUACACCUGUAAUAUUACACUUACCAUAUUUUUCAAAGAUACGUUGUAGUUAUUUGUAAUUUUUUUAUACAGUUUGGGUGGGGGUGGGAUUUUUACUUUUCUAAUUAAUAGCAACAACCUGGCAGAAUUGUUCUGAAGCGACACAUAGGAUGAAGAACGAACAUGUCAUCACUUGUUCCUCAAUGAGCGAUAUUUUAAGCCUUCACAUCUCUCCGUUUGGAGGGCUGAAUGUAGGGGUAAGGAGGGGAAGAAUUCGGAUUCGUCCAAUCAGAUCGUCCGUUAGCAUUUUGAAUCUUGUUGUCUGUGUCUUCACAAAUACUGUGCUCCGUUGUGUUUUCAAAAGUUUAAAAGAUGGCCUGCAAAGUCCACUGAAUUGCCAUUAAUGCACCUUCUAAAAUUAUUUUUCAUGGUAUUUCAUACUCUAUCAUGAAAAAUGGUGGCUUGUUUAUUAUGUGCAAGGCAUGAUGGGACCGCGAACUGAUCAGCUUUGGAAAGGUUGUCUGCUACAGAUCUGAACAAAGAUGUGCAAUAGACUCCUAUGAAUGUUGAUUAUGGGAUGUAUACGCUUAUCUUUAGCUGUAAAUGUUCAAAUUGAAUAGAAUUGCCCAACGGGUUAAGUUGAGAUAAAAAAUGAAACUCGUAGGUUUCUGUAUUUACUUUGAAAGAACUACCUGAAGUUCUAACGAUAAACAUGUUUAUUUCUUUUUUUUCCCCAGAAUAUAAUAUUACGUUUGUUUCUCUCGUCAGUGGAUGACGAUUGUCUUCAAACAGGAACAAAAAAAGAGCAUCUUAUAAGAUUUGAGCUCAUUUUCCUUUUUUUAAGCUCAUCUGUAAACAUUUCAGAUGUUGUAGCAAUUCGAUAUGAACUUCUGACGUAACCUGGACUUUAAAUAUUGCUUUCUGGAGCAGAAAUAACUUGUUAGAAAGAAGAAGAAAAAAUGGACCCGUCUACUGGUAUGAUGGGUCUGGGUGCUCAGGGGAACAUGGUUUUCACUGUUGUAAAACCCGUUAUGGGCAUUUUCCAAGUGUCUUCAGAGCAAGGCAGCAAUGUAUCACAAAGCAGCAUGGGCCUGCAGAGUUUAUCAGAAAAUACAAUAGUUCUACCUCCAGCACACAGCAGUCUGGACCAAAACCAGCUGGAGAUGCAGAGCAUUCAGACCCAUAACGAACCCCAGAUUCAGGUUUCUGUGCCGGUCCUGACUGAAGAUCCAUCGCAGAGUCAGGAGCUGGCACAGAACGCGGGUCCAAACGCACAGCCAAACAGCCAGGUUCCCUUCGCGGAGGUGUCGUCCCUUCUGGAUCCCAACAUGAAAGGCUCGAAGGCUCGUAAAUACCUCAUCUCGUAUGAGGAAAUUAAACGGCGCCUGCAGGCUCCGGAAAAGAUGUCCCUGCGCUCUUUGGCGGCGUACACUCGGGUCAGCAGAGGCCCGGCCAGCAAGAAAACCCUCCUGGAGUCGCUGAAUGUCCUCGGCCUCACGCCCAGCACCACCACCUCCGUGUCCUCCUCCUUCUCCAAACUCACUGAAGGCGACACAAGAACUUUGUGUGAAGAUAUGAAGGAUUUUGCUCACGAUUACAUCGAUUAUAGCAACAUGGCCAAACAGCUCAUUCCUGAGACAAACACAGUUCAACACUGGUCCAAACUCAUCGAAACCAAAAACCACCUGGAGGACAUGAGGAAGUGUUUUAAAGACCCGGUUAACAGCGGCGCGUUUGAAAAUGUCACUCACGGCCUCGGCCUUGGAAUGCUGGACGUAGCCCUGGACAUGAUCGUUAUGGUGGUCGACCAGCAAAUUCGCAUCCUGUCCGGGGCGGCGGCGUCCGACCCAGCCGACUCGGCCCCGCCCCUGCGGCGCAUCCGCAGGCGCCACCGGAAGAUCUGUUCGUCCGAGAAAGCUCACACGGCGUCUGGGGGGACGAGAGAUCAGGGCAAGAACGCUGCCAAAGCAAAGGGUCGGGUCAGAGCCAGGAAGAAAAUGAAACAGGACUCCGGACUCCCAGGUCCUUCGGAGACCCAAGCAGGCCAGGCCAAGCCGGACCCCGUGGAGAGUAAUGUCCUGACCUUUGUCUCUGUGGGCUAUGAGACGGUGGCAGGCGGUCUCAAUGCAGUUCAGACUGUUUGACAGCUGCUCUUAUGGCUGCACUAACCCAGCAAACCAUCCUUCUGAGAGAUGUCAUGAGCGUUGUAGCACAAAAAUGUCUGUUUCUUCUUCCAGAAAAGCACAUUCAGUUUGGCUCCUUGGUGAUCGACUCAAGCAGGCCCUUUGUUUUUGUUUUACUUUUUACUAUUUCUGACCAGAAACAGCUGUGAUUAAGGCCUGGCCCACUGCUACGGUCUGUCUAGUUAUCGUCUCUCCUUUGAUUAUAAUCAGGGUUCAUGUUUUUAGGUUUUGGUGUUAAUAUCUUUUUUUUUCUUCUAUCUUCUAAACCAUAGAAAUUGUGAACUUUGGCUCUUAAAAUGAUCCAAACGGUGACCAAAAACCAUGACGGUCGGGACUGCUGGUUCUGUUAUGGUUCCGUGGUUGACGGCUUCCACUAAAACUAUCAGUUGGUGUUUUCACAAAGUGAAUAUGUGUCAGAAAAAUCUUUUUUUCUUUUUCUUUGCUAUUUUUCUGGUAAUCAAUUUAUAUUCAUUGACCAAAAAAAGGGUAAUUUGCUCAAUUAUUCUGCGCACGCAGUUUACAAUAAAAUUGGUGGAUUCGCAUUGAGCUCUGUAGUUUAAUGUAACACCGAUUUUUAAACUCUAAUCUCAUCAUUUUUGCUGAGUGUACAGAAAUGAUCCACAAAUGCUGUAUUAUUUAUGGUAUUUAUAUCUUUGUUUUCCGUGUAAAUGAAUGUUAAUCUGGUCUGGGGUCUGUUAAAUUCUCUUAGCCUCUCCGAUUAUUAAAUGCUGCUCGGAAUUAUAACCUAAUCACUCAUUUUCUUUAAGUGUUAAAUACGAAAAAAGGUUUUUCUGAUCUAAAAUAUGCAAAUAUAAUUGUGGAUCUGGUUCAGCGUUUAUGUCAUCCUGUGUUUUUUAGGAAACAGACGUUGGUUUAUUUAGCAUUUCUAUGCAGCACAGUAGCUGGCAGUGCAAUGUCUACUAUUUUCUGCUGUAUUUAUUCUGAUCUCUGUUGAAAGAAAUUGAAGAUCUGAUUAAACUCAUAAUUCCUCUU